UGUCGGCCAGGUGGGCGGGGCCGGCUGUUGGCAGCGUUUGGCGGGGCUGGAGGCGGCUGCACGUGCGUGCGGGGGCGAUGCGUCACUGACCGGUGAGACGGGGCCGCGGGUCCCUCGGGAGUCCGAGGAGGAACAAGGAUGAAUAUGACUCAAGCCCGGGUUCUGGUGGCUGCAGUGGUGGGGCUGGUGGUGGUCCUCCUAUACGCCUCCAUCCACAAGAUCGAGGAAGGACACCUGGCUGUGUACUACAGGGGAGGCGCUUUACUAACGAGCCCCAGUGGACCUGGCUAUCAUAUCAUGCUGCCUUUCAUCACUACCUUCAGAUCUGUGCAGACAACACUACAAACUGAUGAAGUUAAAAAUGUGCCUUGUGGAACAAGUGGUGGGGUCAUGAUCUAUAUAGACCGGAUAGAAGUGGUCAAUAUGCUGGCUCCUUAUGCAGUGUUUGAUAUUGUGAGGAACUACACUGCAGACUAUGACAAGACUUUAAUCUUCAAUAAAAUCCACCAUGAGCUCAACCAAUUUUGCAGUGCCCAUACACUUCAAGAAGUUUACAUUGAAUUGUUUGAUCAAAUAGAUGAGAACCUGAAGCAGGCGCUGCAGAAAGACUUAAAUGUCAUGGCCCCAGGCCUCACUAUCCAGGCUGUACGUGUUACAAAACCCAAAAUCCCAGAAGCCAUAAGAAGAAAUUUUGAGUUAAUGGAGGCAGAAAAGACAAAGCUCCUUAUCGCUGCACAGAAACAAAAGGUUGUGGAAAAAGAAGCUGAGACCGAGAGGAAAAAGGCUGUUAUAGAAGCAGAAAAGAUUGCACAAGUGGCAAAGAUUCGAUUUCAGCAGAAGGUGAUGGAGAAAGAAACUGAAAAGCGCAUUUCUGAAAUUGAAGAUGCUGCAUUCCUGGCCCGAGAGAAGGCAAAAGCAGAUGCUGAGUAUUAUGCUGCACACAAAUACGCCACUUCAAACAAGCACAAAUUGACCCCAGAAUACCUGGAGCUCAAAAAGUACCAGGCCAUUGCUUCUAACAGUAAGAUCUACUUUGGCAGCAACAUCCCUAACAUGUUCAUGGACUACUCUUGUGCUUUGAAAUAUUCUGAUGUUAGGACUGGAAGAGAAGGCUCCCUUCCCCCUCAGGAGGCUCUUGAACCCUCUGGAGAGAGCCCCAUCCAAAACAAGGAGAGCACAGGUUGAUGCAAGAGGUGGAAAUGUUCUCCCAUAUCAAGAUGCUGCCCAAGGGGCUAAGUGGGAACAGUGAUCAUAUGGACUCUUCAGAUUCACAGAGAAUUCAUGCUCUGUUCUGACUCUUGUGAUAGUCCUGGUUUGCCAGCUGAGUGCAGGCUAGAGCCAGCUGCCUGGCCCUCAAAGGUCUUUUUAGCCACAGUUUUAUCAAAUAUUCUGUAUGUUUUUCUUUUUAAACCGGUACUCAUGAAUGAAAAUCUGACGCUAAGAUACUGCCUGCACUGGAAUGGCAAACGCUAUAUAACAAGCUGUGGUUUUCUUAAGCUGAGGUCUAUUGAAUAAUGUUUACAUUGGUCCCUGGGGACAUGUGUGCUCAGACAUUCAAGAGAUAGGAGGCCAGAGAGCGGACCACCAGGAUAUGGUAAAUUAAAUAAGACUGUACCUGGGACCCAGACUCUCUUUAAAGUUCAGUCCCACAUUCCUCCAUGUGAUUAACAGCUAGGCCUCUGCAUUCCCCAGGAAAUGAUCUUCCAGUUGAGUAACCAUUUACUUGAUAGAAAUUGCACCUUUCGGUUUUCCUUUAGUCAGGUUGGUGGCCUGCAGGGACACGCACUUUGCCACCCAACCAGAGAUCCCUCAUCAAUAGUUGAUUGCAUUAGUAGGCUCAGAGCUAAAGAGAUCAGUUUAAAUUUGAGGAACAUGUAACUUUGGCUCUGCAUAAAAGCUUGGGGCCCUGCAUUUAUCUCCUCCAUUGGGCCAUAACUGCCAACAUCACUGCCCUAGCCCAUGUGUGACUUAAGGUAUCUGGUUUUUAGCUACAGAUGACUCCUUAAAUGUCACCGCAGCUGUGGCUGACCAAGAAUAGAACAGGGCUUUGACCAGAUAUAGGAACAGUGUACAGUUCCUAAAUCACAGCACAGUAUUGUAUCAAAAUUACAGGAAGUUUUACUUUUAAAACUGGAUUUGGGGUACAUUCAUUUACCCCACCACUUCUGUCUAAAGGCUAAGUUCCAGAGUUGCCGUGCUUACUAACACACUGAUUCUCCUUAAGGUUGUUCACAGAGAGUAGAACACAGUGACCUAGAAAGCAUCUGUGGGCAUCUUUGUCUCGUUUCCCUCUGACCUUGGGAUGCUGAAAUCAAAGUUUCUCUAGGAGAUUGGGAUUACAGUGACUUCCUGGGCAGCCAGUGAAUUUAUUCUCCAUGAGAUGACAGAGUUAACCUGUGGCUGGCUGUAGGAUAUCCGCUUCAUCUAGACCUUUUUUUCAUCAAAUUGACUUUCCUGGAACACGUUACUGCACAGGUGGACCUGAGUCUGUGCAGCUUCUUGACAGCUCUAUUUUACACUUACGUUGAAGCCCGACAGAAAAGUUAUGGGACCACUUCCUGAAACCUCUCAGCUGUCAGUCUCAGGACAGCUGAUGGGUUGUGCCAAACACUUUAUUUGGGAAAGGAAAGCCCAGAUUUGAAUGUUUUUUUUUUUUUCCCCCUUAGGCCUUAUAGUAUAGAGGCAUUUGUAAUGUGGAGAAAAUCAUUUUCCUCAUCUAAUUACAUAAAUUCUCUAUGAAUGAAAUCUGUAUUCGUUAGCCCUCCUUACAAGAAUUUUUGAACUAUAGUCUUAUAUUGUUGCUACAGAUAAAUGGUUGUUGCGGGAAAUCUGGAUCAUCGCUUUGUGCUUUCCUUCCCAGAGCUGUUUCUAAUUCCCAGAAGCGAAAUGCUGUUGCCCCAAAGUCAUGGCUGUGGAUUUUCUUACCCGUCACAAGCCCUGACAGCAGGGUUGAGGAACAGGGAGGUGUCAUGUGAAGGCUUAAAGAAAGCACUUUCACGUAAAUGCUCCAUGGAGUGAGCUUCCCUGCCCACUCAGUGAGCUAAGGCUAGCCAUCCUUCAGGAGUGUUCCUUUUGGUAAAUAUACACUGUAACCUUUAAGUCUAAAUUUGUAUGUGAAAUGCUACCUUUUUUAAAAUAAGAAACUAAAUAAAAUUAUUUUGCUAUCAGUGA